AUGUUCUUGAGCGCGUAUCUCGCCGCAGCGGCUGUGGGCAUCGCCUAUGCUGCACCCGUUACCAUCGUCGAGGCGGAAACACCUAGUAUUCAAGUUCGACAGGACGACAACACUAGCGCCAAUGAUUAUGUCAAUGGGGGAUGCAAGGAUGUCAUCCUCUUUUUCGCUCGGGGCACCAACCAGUCUGGCAACAUCGGCGAGAUGCCGGGCCCGGAUCUUGUUGCGCAACUGAAGUCUGCGCUUGGAUCUGACGUUGUCGCUGCUCAGGGCAUCGAGUACGAGGCUGCGCUUCUCACCAACCUAUUGGAAGGUGGCUGUGACCCGGCCGAGGCUGCAGACAUGGCCAAUACAAUCACACAAGCCGCUGGGGCCUGCCCAGCUUCUAAACUGGUUGUCUCGGGGUAUAGCCAGGGUGCUGCUAUGGUUCAUGCUUCGAUCGAGAGCCUUUCAGACAGCGUGAAGGCCCAAAUUGCCGCCGCGGUCACGUUUGGCGACACGCAAAAGCAGCAGGACGGAGGGCAGAUCCCCAACUUCGACACGGCGAAGACCCUGAUUCUUUGCAACGAGGGCGAUAAGGUUUGCGAGGGAACCUUGAUUAUUACGGAUGCCCACACAGACUACACUUCCAGUGUACCAACCGCCGUGACUUUCAUUGAAGGCAAGGUUGCGUAG